GAAGAUGGCGACCAGCUCGGAGCGCAGUCCUCCUCCGUUCCCCGACUCCGAGGACCAAGAUGUGCUGGACUCUGAAGAAGUCGGAGGCCGAGACAGUGAUGAGGACGACGGAGAAGACCUCUUUAUGAGCUCGAGUGACCCUCCUUUGGUCGAAAUGGACCCCACACUGCUACCCACCAGUCAGUCCAUUGAUGCAUUAAUGGACUCUCCCACUGACAUCAUGGAUGACCCUAUAAUUGAGCCCAUCAGCAGCCCAACGGAAGAGAAAAAAAGCGAAGUUGUUAGCGAACCCUCUGAUGAUUUUGUCGACCUUACGAACAACAUAACCGACUCGCCUGAUGACUCAGUCGCUGCUGAGAGUGUCGUUGCAGACGCAGCAAAAGACUCAACUGAAAUCCCUUUGGAUGAACCCUCAGAAGAAUUUGUCGACAUAUUUGGAAGUGAAACUGAAGCCCUGCAAGAGGAAGCUGUGGCAGCAGAUAUGGAAGCAGUAGAAACAGCAAUGGGAAAAAGUGACCUGACCAGCGGUGUUACAGAACCACCUGAAGAGGAAGACAUAGAGAGUGAUGCAGAGAAGGAAGCAGAAGAAACUCCCGCUGCCCCAGUUAUUGACCUCAGUGCAGAUUUGUUGGCCACUGACACACAACAGGAAACUGUCCCAGAGCAGGCACCAAGCAGCAACACAUUUGUUGAUCCUUUGGUUGACCUGCUUAGUGAUGCUCCACCUGCUGCUGAAGUUAAAAAACCCGCCCCAGCAACUAUUGAUCUGUUUGAAGAUGAGGGAAGCGACUUAUUCUCAGACCCACGACAGACUAAAGCUGCCAAACAGCCACAGAAAAGCCUCUUUGGUGAAACUGAUGACGAUCUGUUCAGUGAACCACUGGGUGCCACCUCAAAGAAAACUGUCAUCAAAGAGCAGAAGGAGGAAUCUGUCACAACCAAAGCUGCUGGAGAUAGCAGCAACAUAGGUGUACCCCUGCUGGACAGCAGUCCUCCAGAACCUGCUGAUAUUUUCAUUGAGGAAGCCGUCACCACUGUGCCCAGCAUCACAGCCACCAGCGCUGCCAACUCCAAGACGAAUGGAGUCCACUCUGAGGAGGAGCCGGAUAUUUUUGCAGAAGCCACAGUUGAGCUUUCCCUUGACAGUCCUCAAGACGAGAGAAAGAAGGAUGUGACAGCCAAACCGUCUGUGUCCGCCCCCUCACUGUCAGCAGCUGCUGCCAGCAUGGCCAAGCCACAGUCUGCUUCCCUGGAGGAGUUGGAAGAAAUGGAAGAGGAAGAACAGGAGGAUAAAUUUGAAAUCUUUGUCUCUGUGAAAGACCCUGAGAAAAUAGGGGAUGGGAUGAAUGCUUAUAUGGCCUACAAAGUAACCACACAGACCACACUGCCAAUGUUCCGCAAUAAGACAUUCACAGUUCGGCGGCGUUUCAGCGACUUCCUCGGCCUCUAUGAGAAACUUUCUGAGAAACAUGGACCGAAUGGCUUCAUCGUGCCUCCUCCGCCAGAGAAAAGCAUUCUGGGUAUGACAAAGGUGAAGGUGGGAAAAGAAGAUUCCUCAUCAGCAGACUUUGUUGAGAGAAGAAGAGGAGCAUUGGAGAGGUAUCUCCAGAGAGUAGUUAAUCACCCUUCUCUUCUCCAAGAUCCUGAUGUCAGAGAGUUCCUGGAAAGAGAAGAGUUGCCGAGAGCGGUGAGCACCCAGGCCCUGAGCGGUGCAGGCUUCCUGAAGAUGAUCAACAAAGCAACAGAUGCUGUCAGUAAAAUGACCAUCAAGAUGAACGAGUCAGACGUGUGGUUUGAGGAGAAACUACAGGAAGUGGAGUCUGCAGACCAACAGUUCAGGAAGCUGCAUGCACUAGUUGAAUCUCUGGUUGUCCACAGAAAAGAGCUGUCGUUAAAUACUGCCAGCUUCGCCAAAAGUGUGGCCAUGCUGGGCAGCGCAGAGGACAACACGGCUCUGUCCCGAGCUCUCUCUCAGCUGGCUGAGGUGGAGGACAAGAUGGAGCAGCUGCACCAGGACCAGGCCGCAAACGACACCUUUAACUUCGCUGAAGUUAUUGCGGAUUACAUCCGCCUGCUCGGAGCCGUUAGGGGGUCGUUUGAUCACCGGAUGAAGUCGUGGCAGCGCUGGCAGGAUGCUCAGGCGGCACUGCAGAAGAAGAGGGAGACCGAGGCUAAACUGCUGUGGGCAAACAAACCAGACAAACUGCAGCUGGUUAAGGAGGAGAUCGCUGAGUGGGAGGCCAAAGUGACACAGUACGAGAGAGACUUUGAGAGAGUUUCUGCUACAGUGCGCAAAGAAGUCGGCCGCUUUGAGAAAGAAAAAGCCAAGAAUUUCAAAAGACAGAUAAUUAAAUACAUGGAGUGUCUGCUUCAGUCUCAGCAACAGCUGAUAAAAUACUGGGAGGCUUUCUUACCAGAAGCAAAAGCAAUCGCUUAAUCAUCAAGCACCAGCCUUCUGGACGCUGAACAGGCUGCCUUUUUUCUUAUACACUUUACCUCUUGCCUUUAAACCAAGGAUAAUGCAUUGUAAAGGGAGAUACAAUCAGCCAGUUUUUAAUCACCUUUAACAUAUAGCUCUGUAUUCUAUUGUAUUAAUAAUUGUAUAUUUUCAUUUAACCUUUCACAACUAUUUUCUUAUUAGAUAAAAAGAGUUUGCAUAUACAAAGAUAUGGACACGCUGAAAAAGAGAAAAGCUUAGAGACGAAUUAUUCCGUAAAUUUCCACCAGAGAAGGGAAAUAAACCGAGUCGGUUCUCAGGAUUUUCUCCCUCGAGUGAUCAGGAUCUCCUUCACAUCAGCAGUGGUUAAUUGUUUACAGAUCGGCUGCUCUCUCAUCAAAUCUUUCUGGGGACCCAGAUGUAGAAGCAGCCUAAAGUCUCAUUUUGUUUAUUUUUUUUAAAUGAGUCAAAGGGAUAAGACUAACCAUAUAAUGAAUUAGAAUGAGCACUUCCACCUGGUUGAUCGAGCUCGUAAUUACCAGCCUUUUUUUUUCUUUGAGAUUUAAAUCAUGUCGAUGCUGAAGGGGAGGGGGUGCAGGGCAAUGAGAGGCAUUAGAUUAGCAGGGUCUACAGCUGUGGUCAAGGGUUGCAUUGUAGGUCAAGCUUAUGAGUUCAAUGUUUUAGGUUAUGAUUUCAAUUAUUGUGCAAACUUUACUCUUAUAACUUCACAUGUCUGUGCCUUUUCAGUCAGAAUGAUGUUUUUGGUAUAAUCCAGAUUGGGAGAAAGUGGUGGGCAGUGCAGCAGCCAUUAUGAUAAAAUGAUUGUCAAAGCUGAAACUGUAGAAAAACACUGGUGUUUACAUGUUGCAGCCCAUUUACUACAAAUAAAGCACUUAUUUUCCCUCUUUCUUCAUACUUCUCCCCCCAGAAAGGCAGUCCUUAAAAAUAAACAUUUCUGAAUCGAACCUUCUGAAAAUUGCAUCUUCGUUUUUCGGUAAAACAUUACAGUAGAGCAUCAACUGAGGCUUUCUUCUGCAUUACCAAGCAACAAUGACACAUUUUGAGUGAGAUACAGGAAAUGCUGACACAUGCAAUGUUUGAAUCAGCUUUGUCAUGUAAUUUUCAAGUCUCCACUUGUAGAUUUCAUUGCUAACUGUGGAGUCGUAGCGAAAUGUUGCAAAACCAGAAGCUGCCUGGAUGGUGGGAUUCUGCAUCCUGCUUUGAGAUUUAUCUGCAAUUAAUAAACUGUAAGUUUUAAAGGUACCACAUAGUUAUUCUGGUCUGUGAUGUAAAGUUUUGACCCACAUUUUUCAGUUUCUCCAAGGCUGAUGCUCUUAAUAUAUCGCUUGCAGCUGAUUGCAAUCGCAUGCCUUUUAGUGCAGAUAAUUGUCAAUAAAGAAAAAAAUUGCUGUUGGAAAAACAGGGAUUAAACUGUAGAUUAUGAAUUCCUGAACCCCAAAUGCCCCCUUGCAAAUGUUUUAUAGAAAAGGAGCCUGUUAAAUACCAAAUUAGGUCAUUUUUUUAAGGGUGCUUUUAUGCCUUCAUUAGAGUCAUUACAGCUGUAAACAAGGGAGAGAAAGUGGGGAAUGACAUGGGAAAGGAGCCACCAGGCCAACGCCCUUGAGCGAGGGGUGCACAAAUACAAGGCCACCUUAUAAAAUGAUGCAUAACUGUGUUUAUAACAUUAGAAAUCAACUGGUGGCUUCCGUUAACCAUAAAGAAAAGAAGCAAAUUUUCACACAGAAGAAUGUCGAAUCAGUGACUCAAAAGCACUUUUUGCAUGAAUCAUUUACUCUUAAAGAAGAUAAUUGGUUAUUACUAAUGCUCUGAUUUGCUAUAAACUACACUGUAGUUUAGAUUUGUAGUAAAUGGGCGACAACAUGCAAAAAAAGAAAAAAAAAAACACUAAAAAAAGUCCUUGAAAUCAGUAGCAGGGCUGGGCUGUGGAUGCCACUUUGCAAGCAGGAGAUUCAAAUAAAAACCUAGCAGUACUGAUGUCAUUACAAAUCGUAUUCUUCCAUGACGCCUCAGUUUCAGUUUGAUUUUUAUCAUCACAGUAAAAAAAAGAAAAAAAAUUAUCAGUUUAUUUCUUUGAGACAGGGCUGCCAUCUUCUGAUUACAGCUUUAAUUUCACAUUUGCACACACGUAAAUUGUAGAGAAGAGCUGCACCGUGUCAUCUGUCGUCAUUACAGAACGCUCAGUAAUGUCUGCGCACCUUUUUUAAUUUGUUUAAUUUUUUUGAUAAGAUGCUUGCCUGUUCUCAGCUGUUGUCAAACACUCUUAUGUGGUUGUUUGUGCGGCUCGUACUGUUUGUCAUCAUCUCUCGUCAACGUGCAGAGCAAUGUCAGAAAUGUGCACUGUGUCAGAAACUUCUUAAAAACAAAUCAAUAAAAGUUGCACUGUUUACACUUGGAAA